CCUUAUUCUAAUAGGGUUGAAUACACUUGUUUCAUUAUUUCACAUAUGGAACUCUCUCACUUUCUUUUCCCAACACAAUUUAUAAUCCGUUACUCAUUCAUUCUAAAUCCGAGACCUUUGGUAUUGACAAAAUCCAAACAUUAUAAAUUCAUAACAACCAGAAAUUCUUGUUCAUUGUAACGCAGGAGAAUAUGGAACAAAGUAGUAGGUCUAUGCUCUUCCUAUUAAUCAUAUUGUCUAUGUCAACCUCUUCCAUGUCAUGGCUUUGGUCAUCUCCAUCGUCUUCCUCCUCAGGAAGUGAAGCGUCUUCCCGUGAAAUCGAAGUAGCAAGAGCGGAAUUCUCCGUCGACGGUCUCAGUGGCGACGACAAGGCAAUCCAAAGGGUCAAGAAUGCCAAAACAAAACUAUCAGUCGGUUCUAACUCAUGUUGGCAUGAAGCUUACCAAGGGAUUUUCGCAGCCUGCUCCGAAAUCGCAGGGGACGACAACGAAAAGAGGAAGAGGUUUGCUUGGGAUUUAAGUAACUGCUUUCAUAAGGAUUCGGGUAGAUCUUCUUUUCCGUCAUGCCAGACCGGCUCUUCCAUGAAGGAGUGCCUUCAAAAGCUUGACGACAAUGCUAUUCACACGUACCGUGGAUUCUUUCUUGAAACUAACUCCAUUUGUCAUCAAUUACAGUCAGAUAUAUUCAGGAGGCAAACAGAGAGACUAGUAAACGAUUUGAAAAAAUCAGCAGAAAAUGCAGAGGAAAGGCUAGAAACCAUACAAGAGAAGUCAGAGCAUCUAUUGCAUGACACUAAAGAGAUUCAUAAUUCGAUGACUUCCAUCGAAGAACAAACCCAACAAGUGGUUCACUCCACAAAUGAAAUCCGCACUAGAAUCACUGACAUUUCGAAACAAUCAGAGGCCGUUUUCGAGCAAUCCCAGAAAAUUUCUGCUUCCCAAUUAGAACUGGAGAAGGGCCAGGACAUAAUGAAGGUUAAACUAGAAGAGGGGAUUUUAAUGAUUCAUGAUUCGUACAAUAAUCUAGAUAAAGAAAUAGGUGGUUUGAGAGAUGAGACUGUUCAAAUUGAGAAAGAGAUUAACAGAGUUGGAGAUUCCAUGUCUAGCAAGAUGAACAUUCUUCAAAACAAGGCUGAUGAUAUUGGAAAUGUAGCAGGGCUUUCAUUGGAAAAACAAAAGGAAGUUCUUAAAGGGCAAUCUGAAGCUCUUAAUGGGCUUCAGUCGCUCACUCAAUUUCAGUCUAAAGCUCUAGAAGAGAGCAGGGCAGUUAUGCAGCAGUUGGCUAAUUUCGGUCAUGAACAACAGGAAGAGCUUCUUCAGCGACAGGAAAAGCUUCAACAAGCACAUGAUCAUCUGGUCGAGAAUUCCAAGUCCAUGUUGGCUGCUCAGGAAUCUUUUGAACAGAAACAAGCAGCCCUUUUUGUAGCUCUAGAUAAGCUAUUUGCGUUGCACAAUGCCUUGUUGCUUGAGUCUAGGCUAAUCAAGGCUUUCUUCAUUUAUUCAAUUUCAAUGUUUGUUCUCUACUUGUUCACUAGUACUAAACAAACAUACACAGUAAGACACCGGCUUUAUCUUGGUCUUUGCAUUACAUUCUUGAUUGAAUUUGCAAUACUUCGAUUUACAACAAAUGGUAUUGAGCAGCAAACAUGGUUGAUCAAUCUAGUGAGAAUUCUUUUUCUGCUUGUUGCUACGGUUCAGAUAUUACAUGCUAUUUUCACAUACAGAGAUUAUGAAAUGCUGAACUACGGAAUGCUAAAACAGCUCACAGAAGAAGUUCGUAGCCUACGCAAAAAUGCAGAGCUGAGUUGGGAAUCAGAGAGUGACAUUGACUGGUCAACGUGGGUUGACCAUGAAAUACCAGAUGGGAUAGAUAAUAUUAUUCAGGAUCCAGAUUAUAUGAUUGGAUUUGAAGAACGAGUUGGAGAGAGUUCCCACGAGGCUUCUUCAACUGGUUCUAAGUAUAAUCUCCGAAGUCGUAGGCGUCAAUGAAUGGUUUCAUUCACCAAUAUUUUGCAGAGGCUUAUUUACAAAUUUAUUGUGUUUCUAGAACCUAAUGUAAUUUUCUUUUCUCUUUCAUUUUGUCAUAAACCUAAUGUAAAGUUUCGUUGGCAAUAAAACUCGUAAAAAACUUUGAUAGACAUCAUACUCAUUA